AUGAUUCAGGACGCGGCUGAUUUGCAACAGCAUCUGGACGAGACCUUGGUCAGGAUUGAAAGCGAUGUCACUUGCAUUGUGGUGCGGAGUAUCCGAAACUGCAGCUUUUCUGUGAGCAUUGCUGAUCCACAGCUCCCCGACUGCCCGCUCAUCUCUGUCUCGGAGGGCUUUUGCGAGCUGACGGGCUAUGACCGCGAGACCAUUCUGGGGCAGAACUGCCGUUUUCUCAACGACGGAUGCGACAUGCAGCCUUCUGACCGGCAAGGUCUUCGUAUCUCUGCGCAGACUGGCAAGCACUUCUGCGGAGUCUUGAAGAACCUCAAGGCAGACGGUACCCCUUUCCUGAACCUGCUGGAUAUGCGAGGCCUUUCAGUCGGCAGAACGAUAGAUGGCGAGGAGCGCUUUUUCAUCGUCGGCAUUCAGGCAGACGUGAGCGAGCAGGGAUCUGAGGAGUUGCCUUUGGAGCACAAGACCCAGAUGCAGUACAUUGCAGCCUUGGUCCGCGAUGAGCUGAUCUCGGGCUUGCAGCAAGAAGCCAUUGUUGCCGCAAGUUCUGGAGACAAUGCUUUGAGUGACAUCACGCCGUACGAGGAGCCCAGGUGGGUACUUGGAGAGGUGUUCGAAACGCAGGCCCUCGGUGGCUAA